GCGGCGGCGGAGGCGGCGGCAGCGGCAGUAGUAGAAGCUGCAGUAGCGGCGGCGGUAGCGCGGCGGCGUUGAGCGGAGGAAGAUGGCGGCUCCAGGGAGUUCGGGGACUCGGCGGCCGUGAGGAGGCGGCAGCGGGAGAGGCCCGGCCGAAGGCCCGGCGUAGCGCGGCGUCCUCCUCCCCUUCUGCCCUCCCCCGGUCCGUAAGUCCGUCCGUCCGUCUGUCCGUCGUCCGCGCGGCAGAGGCCGCGGAGCGAAGGCGAGAGCGGGUGGUGGCCAGGCCAGCUAUCAAGGGGAAUGCCAUGGCCAGUUCCUCGGACAGUGAGGAUGACAGCUUCAUGGCCGUGGAUCAAGAAGAAGCUGGAGUGGAGGGGACAAUGGAGCAAGAUGAGGAGCCCCGCCCUGAACUGGAAAUUGAGGAGACAAGACAUAACAGGUCUAUGUCUGAGCUACCUGAAGAGGUUCUGGAGUAUAUCCUGUCUUUCCUCUCACCAUAUCAGGAGCAUAAAACCUCAGCCCUUGUCUGCAAACAGUGGUACCGACUUAUCAAAGGUGUGGCUCACCAGUGUUAUCAUGGCUUUAUUAAGGCUGUCCAGGAAGGAAACAUACAGUGGGAGAGUCGAACUUAUCCCUACCCUGGAACCCCGAUCACUCAGCGGUUCUCACAUAGUGCGUGCUACUAUGAUGCUAAUCAGUCAAUGUAUGUCUUUGGAGGCUGCACCCAGAGCAGCUGCAAUGCUGCCUUCAAUGACCUCUGGAGACUUGAUCUCAAUAGUAAAGAGUGGAUCCGACCUCUGGCUUCAGGUUCUUAUCCCUCCCCUAAAGCUGGAGCCACUCUAGUAGUGUACAAGGACUUACUUGUGCUGUUUGGGGGUUGGACACGGCCAAGCCCUUAUCCUCUGCAUCAACCCGAAAGGUUCUUUGAUGAAAUACACACAUAUUCACCCUCUAAAAAUUGGUGGAAUUGCAUCGUGACAACGCAUGGGCCCCCACCUAUGGCAGGCCACUCCUCCUGUGUGAUAGAGGACAAGAUGAUUGUUUUUGGGGGUUCCCUCGGAUCCCGGCAAAUGAGCAAUGAUGUUUGGGUCCUUGACCUCGAGCAGUGGGCCUGGUCCAAGCCUAAUGUCUCUGGCCCCAGCCCUCACCCUCGAGGCGGCCAGUCUCAGAUUGUCAUUGAUGAUGAAACUAUCUUGAUCCUUGGAGGAUGUGGUGGCCCAAAUGCACUGUUUAAGGAUGCUUGGUUACUGCACAUGCACUCCAGCCCCUGGACCUGGCAGCCCCUCAGGGUAGAGAAUGAAGACCAUGGAGCCCCAGAGCUCUGGUGCCACCCAGCCUGCCGGGUGGGCCAGUGUGUGGUGGUCUUCAGUCAGGCUCCCAGCGGGAGAGCACCGCUCAGCCCCAGUCUGAACUCCCGCCCAUCUCCCAUCAGCGCCACUCCGCCGGCUCUGGUUCCUGAAACCCGAGAAUACCGCUCCCAGUCUCCAGUCAGGAAUAUGGAUGAAGCGCCCUGCGUCAAUGGUCGUUGGGGAACCUUACGGCCCCGGGCACCAAGGCAGACCCCGUCGGGAUCCCGGGAAGGGAGCCUUUCCCCUGCCAGGGGUGAUGGCUCACCUGUCCUCAAUGGUGGAAAUUUAUCCCCAGGAGCAGCAGCGGUUGGUGGGGCCUCCCUGGACAGCCCUGUUCAGGCAGUCUCUCCAAGUACCCCGUCAUCAGCUGAAGGCUAUGACCUAAAAAUGGGGCUUUCUUUGGCUCCCCGACGAGGGUCCCUGCCAGAUCAGAAAGACCUAAGGCUGGGAUCUAUGGAUUUGAAUUGGGAUCUAAAACCUGCUUCCAGCAGUAGUCAGAUGGAUGGCAUGGAUACCAGGACAGUUGGGGGGAGUGUGAGGAAUCCUCCAGAGCAGACAAAUGGCGUCCACACACCUCCCCACAUGGCCAGCGCACUCACAGGAGCUGUGUCCCCUGGCGCUCUCCGACGGAGCCUGGAAGCCGUCAAAGCCCUUUCCUCCAAGGGCCCACCUGCCCCUGCAGCACUGAGCCCCCCGCUGGUGUCUUCCCCUGGGUCACCAGGGAGCCAGAACAUGAGCAGCGUUGAGACGGUGCCCAUCCCUCGCCCAGGGCCUGCUCAGGGUGACGGGCACUCCUUACCUCCCAUCGCCCGACGCUUGGGCCACCAUCCGCCGCAGUCUCUGAACGUUGGCAAGCCCUUGUACCAGAGUAUGAACUGCAAGCCCAUGCAGAUGUAUGUGUUAGACAUUAAAGACACUAAGGAGAAAGGGCGCGUCAAAUGGAAAGUAUUUAACAGCAGUUCUGUGGUCGGCCCGCCUGAGACCAGUCUGCACACGGUGGUGCAAGGCAGGGGGGAACUCAUCAUUUUUGGUGGCCUCAUGGACAAGAAACAGAAUGUGAAGUACUAUCCCAAAACAAAUGCCUUGUACUUUGUGCGAGCAAAAAGAUAAUAUGGCAAAAACUUGAUUCCAAACCUUUUCCUUUCUGUGGCUUUUAAUUUUGAAUUUUACACUGUCAUGCAGGCAUUCAAACUGUGAAUUGGGCAAACAAAGAAUUAAAUAGUCCCACAAACCAAAACCCCAAUUCCCAAUCUAAUGCUCGCUCUGGGCUAGGGUCAGAUUCCCAUUUAAAAAAAAAAAAAAACAAAUUAUAUAAAAUAUCUAUAUCUAUAUCUAUAUAUAUAUUCUAUAGCCAAUUCUGUUUACAAAAGGGGAGAAAUCUCCGUUCUGGUUCAGAUAAAAUUGUUGCUGUGUUUUAGCAGAGGCUCUGCUGCCUUUUUCUAUACUGCUGGUAAUUAGACCAAGAAUUUAGGGAAGAGAUCACCUAAUAUCAGUUCCCUUCCAAGAGAACUGAAGAGUCCCAGGUAAGAAGAGCUGCACGCAGGGUGCUGUGAGCUUAUUUCCCCCAUAGAUCAGUGCUGCAGGGCCCAUCCAGAGUCUGCAGAGAAGCUAGUCUAGGAGGCAAGGUGGUGAGAAAAGGAGGAGGCGGGGAGAGAGAAGUCGUUCCGUGUCUCUGUGCCAGUAUCACCGUGAAACACGUGUUUGUGGCCUGCCCUGGUCAGGAGGACUGGGGUGCAAUCAUUUGUUUCUGAUUUUGAAAUUUCUGUCACGAUUUUAGUUGUGAGCUGCCAAAACCCACGUCCCCUCCGCUCGCUCUCCCUUAAAAUGCCAGGCCUGGGAACCUGCCUUUGCUUCUUACAGGAUCCCUAUGCAGAUGGGGACACUUCAUCAUUUUGCAGAUGAGAGGCAAAUUGAGGCUUGAAAGCCUGAGACGAUCUCAUCCUUCUCAGAAAUAUUGGGGUGGGUUUGACUUAUUCCCAGUAUCCUUGGCAAGCCAAUGGAGGAUCAAUCCUCAGCGGCUUUUACACACAUGGUAUUUUUAGCACCUUAAAAAAGCUUUCUCCUGUACACAUUUUCCCCUGCCUGUGAGCAUCAGACAUGUGCAGCCACAUUUGUAAAGGGUGUAAGAAGUUAGAGGGCAGAUAGUUCUCAGAAAGGUUUUGUCUUAUUAGGUGGAUAGAAAAGUGUCCUUUUCCCAGAGAUUGUUUUGGUCCUUUCUCACGCAGCCGCGUUUCCUGGUGAAACAGACUCUGACAUGGGUAGGAACGGAGUCCUGCAGACAGUGCCAGCUUCAGUCAUGUGCAGCUCGGCUACUCGUCUCAUUCCUUCUGAGAUAAGUCACUCCCAGGGAGAUGAGCUACUCAGGCGGCCUACGAAAACACAGCCUUGACGCAGGACACACUGGCAGAAACCUAAGGGUAAUGGCAUCAGGCUGAUCGAGCCCUCCAUCAUGAUUAUUUGUGAUUUUAUCAUCUAACGGAAGAAGUGUUUUUUCCCCAUAA